AGAUUUCUGGAUAGACUUGUCUACAAGAAUCCAAAAAAGAAAGAUCAAGGUACUAUUUACUGGAUUUACUGUAUGCAUGAUGACUGCCUGACUGGUCGUAUUAGACGAAUCACAUUUUUAUUGAUAUAUUUUUAUCCUUGUUUAGACCACGGCGGUUCACUUAUGCAGGUAAACUCACAAUAUAUACAUAUUUAAGUACUGGUAAUUUUUUUCCAAAUCCUUACUAUGGAAAUAGCAUGGAUCUUAGUUGAAAAUAGUACAAUGGAAAUCCGAUUUUCAUACUAAUUGCAAUUUUCAUACUAUGGAUAUAGUAUGGAAAUAAUAUGGAUAUAGUAUGGAAAUAAUAUGGAUAUAGUAUGGAAAUAAUAUGGAUAUAGUAUGGAAAUACUAUGGAUAUAGUAUGGAAAUACUAUGGAUAUAGUAUGGAAAUACUAUGGAUAUAGUAUGGAAAUAAUAUGGAUAUACUUACGCGACACAUUCAUGUCAAAUAUCGAAAUAAAUUAAGAAUAUAAUUCAAGAAAACAAAAGUUGGCGUCUCACUCGUUUGAAUAGUAGUAGUUCAAGGGCAUUGUUGAUGGAAAUUAUCGAGUGGAAUUUUUAUGUACUAUUUAAAACAUGAGCAGCAGUGUUUUAUCAGAUAUAAAGAUACGAGGCGAAGCCGAGUAUCUUUAGGUCUGAUAAAACACGCACUGCGAAUGUUUUAAAUUGCUUCAAAAAUGAUCGAUCUAGUAAGUUCAAUUGGCGAAGUAAUUAAAAAAAAUACGUUGUGUAAGUCGAGAAAAUCAAAGUUAAAGUUUAUGUAAAUCAAGGGAAAUCUCUAUCAUGCACAUAUAAAGAUACGACACGCUUAUGAUUUUUCUUUGUGUUUUCCUCAUGAAUUAUUAAUGAUUUUUGAAAUGCAUUUAUUAGACCUAAUCAGGAACAGUUGCGAAAAAUGCAACUUUAGGUCCCUGGCAGGAAUCGAACCUGCGGCCCUUUCGAACUCGACAACUGGCCUCUGUAACUUAAUUAGUUCGAUUCCUGCCAGUGACCUAGAGUUGCAUUUUUCGCAGCUGUUUUUGGUUAGGUUUAAUAAAUGUAUACAAAAUUUCCACUCCAUGAUUUCCAUCUACAAUACCCAUCGAAUACAAUGGCCUUUUUAAACAUAGUUAUUCUCUAUUUUUACUAGCCCAAGACAGUUUCUCAAAGACAGUUUGAACAACCAGGUAUAUAAUUACCAUUUCAGUAGCCAUUUUUGAAUGACACAUACAAUAUUAUUGCAUCUGGAUAUUUAAUAAGAAGACUUGGAUUUCUCUUAAUGGAGUCAAAUUUGGCUUGGAAAAACCCAUGUUACAAUAACGAUUCCACAUGCACUGUUGAGAACAACAAGCAAUAUUUGAUAAGAUAAUUUUAACAUAAGAUAACAACAGUUUGUACUAAAUUUUUUUCCAGUCAACACCGCUGCAUUUUUGAAUAAGAAGGAAGAAGGUGUUCGUGAAGACGAGAUGUUCUUUUAUAGGUAAAGUGACUUUAUUAUAACUGAAAAAUAAUGAACAAGGUAACGUAGAUACUUUACUAUAUAGUAACAGAGAAAUAUCGGACCGAGGACUAUUUUACAGAGCGAGCCGGUAGGGCGAGGUUUGCAGAAAAAGACCGAGGUCCGAUAUUUCUCUGUACAUACCGAGCAAGCGAGGUUAAUAAAAAGUUUAUUACAUGGCAUUUAUACUCGAAACAAACAAAAAGUGCAUGAUUUGAAUUGCAUAAUUAUUAAUAGCGUGGUAAACAUUUUUAGUCGAAGAAAACAAAAAAUACCAAUGUAUUCCUUUUUUUCCACUAAAAACCAUUCGAAGAUAUCUCGUUAAUAACAAAUUAAAUUAUAAUUUUCCCGCCGAUCCAUUACGGGAAAAUAAUGGACCGCUGAAAGCGCUUCUCAGCCAAUCACAGUUCGCCUUUUCACCGGAAAUGAUGCUUGCCAUAUAAUAAAUACAGUUAAUAAAUUACAGUAAUUUAGACCAAACCAAAGGUCGCGAUUUCGAUUCCCACCGCGGCCAAGCAAACUUUUCAGCUUGCCCGGUGUGAAUACACUCAGAGCAACAUCACAAACAUAUAAAUUACAGUGAGGUUGUCCUCUAAGUUGAAAACUCCUCUGAAGUUGAAAAGCUCGACCUCCUAACGCGAAAAGCACAGCCGGGGCCAGUUGUAUUAACAAGUAGUUGAAGUUAACUAUACACAACGGGUAGUUAAAAGUAGUUAAGCCUUUCAUACAACCGACCCCAGACGUUUUUACGUGUUCUUUUUAUAUGCAAAAUAUGCACCAUUUGGAACUCAACAUACAAACAUUUAAGAUAUUUCAAACGAAAAGAGGAAGAAGAGAAAAAGAAUAAUAAUAAAGUUGAGAAAAACGACGAGGAUGAAAAAGAAGAUGAGACACUAGGUAAGUCAAGUUUGAAUUUAUUUGCGAGUUGUUACUGGUGCAUUGUUUAUUGCAAAUGCCGUUCACUUCUAUGACUCUGGUUUGUUUGUUGCAAUGCGUUUGUUUUCGUCAUCAUUAUAAUUUUGCCUCGGUCGCAUAUGAGAAGAGUACUCUCAGUUUGACUCUGUAUCCGACAGCGCAGAGAUUUUCUACUUUGAAUUGUUUAUUGAUUUUCGCACUCAUUGGUGAGCGGAUGUCCCAACAGGCUAUUGCCAAACCAUGUACUGAUGCCAAUGUACUGUAAAGGUAUAGCACUAUCUUUCUCCUCAAUUAUUUGAAGACCUUGAGUAGAGGUCCGACCAAGGAUAGAACCUGGGUCUCCCAGCUUGAAAAGCAAGCGUGGUGACCACCACAUCACGAGAGCUUUGGUUUCCGCGCUCUCCUCAUGCAUGUAGUAGCGCUGGACCAUUGAGGGAUGGGCCAUGCUUAACCUAUAUAUUAUAACCAGGGUCAUUACUACUUUUUGUGCCUGCAAAAAUGCAUCGUAUUUUAGGUUUAAGAGCUAAGUAUUUUUAUUAUAUAGUGUCUAUAGUAUUUUUAAGUACAGUAUGUACUUAAAUUAUUAACGACGCCUGAGUACAACCGCGCAUGGGACCUCUAGGGAGAACAUUUUGAAACUGAUUUAUAUCUUUCCUAAUCCAUGUUAGAUGAAUUUGGUGAGGACAAUGUCGCAAUGGAUUUUGCCGGGUAAGUAUAAUGCAUUAAUAGGAAAAUACUUUCUAAUUGCAAACCUUAUAAAUAAGGCUAAAAUUCAUUGCCGCCCAUAUGUAAUGACAAAUUAUUGGUUUUCUUGACGAAUCUUCUCCUGCAUGUUGUAGCUAGUCAUGCUAGCUUUUGAAGAAGGGAAACUAACUCGAGUUGUUGGUGUCUACAGUUUACAAGAAAACCGUCCACGUCUGUUCAGAAAUGUGUACAUUUCAUUCUUCUCGUAAACAAAUGUAAAAAUCCCUUAGAAAAUCUUGUCAAGGAAAAAAAUGUUUACUGUACGAAGUGCUACAAACCAACUUGGCACUUGCCAAGGAAACAUGUUCUUGGGGAUUUCUCACGAAUUGUGUGGAAUAUUUAUUGGCACUUGCUCAAGUGGCCGUCUGCAUUAGGUGUAAGUCCGGAUGAUGGCCGUUAUGUACACGGACGAUAGUUGCUGGUAGGACAAUAUAGGACAAUAAAGCUAACCCAUUUAUCAUGCAUUUUUCUUUUCUAAAAAGAGAGUUCGAAAAAUCCCAGACAAGCAAACCAAAGAAGAGGAGAGAAGAUGGGGACUCUGACGAGGAUAUGUCAGACGAUGAAGGUAUAUUAGGGAUAUACUAGGAUAACAUGGGCCAUACAAAACUAUUAUAUGUUUUAUCGCCAUGCAAACAUACAAAGAACUUAUGAGCCAUACAGUCGCAUAUAAGUUUUACUAUCAAGCAAAAUUAAACGCCUGAUAUGAUUAGGUCAGAAAAAUCAACCCCAAAUUGAGUUUCAAACACUAGUUAACAGUUUACCACAGUGAAAACUAUUACUACCACUACUUCAUUACUACCUCAUUAUUUACUUACUACCUCAUUAUCUACUUCAGAAAAGGAUUAUAAUGAGAAAAGGAUUAUAAUUUAUUUUCACCAUGUAUAUUACGCCCUUACGAAUGACGUCACAUAAUUUUACAUAAUUGUUUUCCAUUUUGGGUGGCAAAUAUUUCAAGCUAAAUAAAAACGUGCACAGCAUCAAAUCGUGUAUUUUUUAAUAGAGUUUGACUACAAUGAUAUGCAGUUCUCAGAUGAUGAGAUUGAUGCUUCAGAUGGUAAGUUAGAUGGUUGGGCUGUAAGUUAUAUUAAAUUUUUAAUAUUAAGUUGAAGUUUUUAUACAAUAUUCAAGAAUGUUCUGUGUUGUUAUUUUGUACUUAGACGAACAAGAAAAGUACACUGAGAAAGACUAUGAAAAGGUAAGUGCAUCUCCGAAGGAGGGGGAGUUUGCGAGAACUACUUUUGGAGGAGAGGCUUCACACAAUUUCGAAUUAUAUCGUAAUAAAGUUUGAGUUGUGAUUGCAUGGGUCAAGGCCGAGUUAUGGUGACUGGUUGCAGGAGGUAUCCGUUUGCGACUCUAUACUUUUGUGUGCGAGGUCACUCAUUUGCAUCUGUGAGAAACACAAAAUCGCCGACAAAAUUGCUAGUGUGAACCAGGCUUUACAGUAUAGUACCUAAAUCCACGUCUGGCGGCUUGCUUACGACCAGCAAAUUGUAUCGCCCGUAGCUCUAAUAAUUGAUGUUGUCUAUAUAUAUUUCAAAAGAAUAAAGGUUACACAAACAUGUUCCGAAUGCUUUUUCAGGCUUUACUAGAGAAUCUUAGUUCAGAUGAAUUUAGUGAUCAAGAUGAUGAGCUUUCUACACCCAAGAAGAAAAAGAAACUAGAGUAAGUCUGUACAUUUUGUCAAGAUAUAUUAAGAUCUUCGAUGUUUAAGUUCAUUUCGUAAUGUUGUCACUCCAAUAUCAUAUCCAAGUCUUCUCGACACUUUGAAGUGGUCCAUCUAUCACUGAAUUGACAAAAAGUAACCAAAGAUUGAGAUAUCACGAAAUGCCGACCCGCUGCACUUCGCGGAUUGAUUAAUACUGUACGUGCUUACUCCAUAUAGGACCUAACUUGUUUUGUAUCACAAAUAAUAAAAUAUUUUUGUGAAAAAUUAGUAUAAAUUGAAGAUUUGGAUUCUGUAAAUGUGAAGAACAGAAUCUGAAACGGCCUUCAUGCGCAUUUGUUUUAAACGUUUAUUUAAGCUGGAGUAAUACCAGCAACAAAAUUGCUGCAACUUAAGGUGGCUCCAUACAGUUCCGUAGUAUAAAUACCUUAUUGCGUAAAAAUUUCAAUUUAUAAAUUGUAUUACUCCAUCUAUUAAUUUUAAGCAUUCCCAAGUAUAAAUUAAGUAUUUGGUAGAAAAAAUUGCAAUAUUCUUGAACAUAAUAUUGUUUCCAUAGUAACAGUAGCCUCGCCAAAUAUGGUAUUUUUUGCUAUUUUAAGCAGGUUUUUAUUCUUUAUUUUCCGAAUAUUGCCGGUGACCCCCAAUUUUUAACUGCUGUAUAGCUUUCACUUUUAAUACGGAAUCUUAUCCCUGAAAAUAAAAAAGUUCUGUAGAUUAGAAUAGCCAGAAUAAAAAAUUGCGGAUUUAAAGUUUUCCAAUCUACAGAUUUUUUUAAAAUUUUGAUAUUCUAUUUGUUUUAAAAGAAGUUAUCGUUGUGCAAAAUUUCAUCACAUGUCACCGUGCAAAAUUUUGAAUUACACCGUUUUAUUGUGGUAUCUCACUCGCUCGGCCGAAAGUUUUUCGAGCUCUGCAAGAUCAAUGAAUUGACAUGCGCGUACAUGUUUUCGCAGGCGCAUCUCCAGAAAAACACGCACAAAAAGGUUUUUAGUCUCAUCGAAAUAUCAAAUAUAUGUUGUGUUUUCUUGCUUAGAAAUGCAAAUAUCUUUAGUUUUGCAUGCUAACUCGGGAUAACGCCAAGAAAACAGGUGAUUGUGUCGUUUGGUAUAAGAUAUGUGUGACAUGUAUGAACUUUUUGGCUUCUCUACAUAGUUUUAUAUUCGUUUACAGUCGUAACUUGUGUGUUUUCAUGUUGUUGUUGACAAUUUAAAACAGUUUGAGCCGGCGUAUGAUGCUGUUUGACUGAAUUCCUUUGCUGUUAGUGACACUUUGAAUACAUUUACCAGUUGUAAGUACAAAAAACUCUGGAUAUGAACUUAUAAAACGUCAAAUAUUGGAGUAAAAAACGUUUUGCCGGUCGGGCCGAUCGCCGGUUUUCACAAGAGUUUGAACGUUAAACAUUGCAUUUUUUACCUUAAAAUGUAUUCUAAAAAGACUAGCUAUUCAAUGUUCAGGGCUAAAUCAGGACGAAGUUUGUUCUUUGAGAACAAAUGAGAACAAAAAAGAUCGAAACAUCAAAAUAAUCAUGACUUGUGGUUCGGAUUUUAGACUGAAAAAGUUUUAUUUAUUUUUGCAUAUAUUUGUAAUAUUUUCGCGCGAAACUCAAGAUUAGGUACCAGUCCCCCGAUGAUGAAAGUGUAUGGAGCCACCUUAAUUGCUUGCAACAAAAUCUGAUUUCUACGGUUAAUUGAAAAUGUUUAUACACAUAAACUACAAGUCACGAGGCAACAUGUGUUGACAUUUCCACUUAACAUGCGUUAAAAUCAGAUUGUGUUGCAAGUUUCAGCAAUUUUGUUGGCUGUAUUACUUCACCUUUGAAUGUUUGUUCAAUUGUUUCGUAGGUCUACGGAGGAUGCAUCCAUGUUCGCUGAUGCAGAGGAGGUA